GUUCUCAUCAUUCAUCAACAUACAUAUAGAGUCCUCAGUUCUCAUGAAAUAUAAAAAAUAGCCAUUCCUUUCUAUUUUCUCAUUUGUUGUGGCAACAUGCUUUUGGACUGAAACAGGAAACACCAAUUGAUUAUUAGCCUCUUAAAGUGUUGCAUUUGCAUUGCCAUCUUCUUUGCUCUUCAUUAAGAAAUGAUUCCUAAAGUUCAUGCAGGCCCGGAAAUGGCAAUGGCUAGCAAUGAGAGUAGAAGAAUGGUCACUGGGAAUUUGAUGAAACGUGUGCUUGCUUUGGGUGACAAGUUGAGGGUGUUUCUUAGUUUGGCUUGGGAGAGUGUGUGGAAGAUGGGGCGUGAUGAUCCAAGAAGGGUCAUCUAUGCAUUCAAAGUGGGUUUCUCUCUUACUCUUGUGUCUUUGCUUUAUCUCUUGGAGCCAUUCUUCAAAGGCCUUGGAGAGAAUGUUAUUUGGGCUGUCAUGACCGUCGUGGUAGUGUUCCAGUUCACCGCAGGGGCAACUUUAUGCAAAGGGCUUAACAGAGGAUUUGGAACACUAUCAGCAGGAUUACUAGCAUUUCUUAUAAAGUAUUUUUCAAGUGGAUGUGGCCACGUCUUUCAUGCUCUUGUCAUUGGAGCUACAGUUUUUAUAAUAGGUGCUUCAUCCAGUUACAUGAGGUUCUUUCCCUGCAUAAAGAAGAAUUAUGAUUAUGGUGUCAAUAUAUUUCUGUUGACCUACAACUUGGUAGCUGUUUCCGGUUACCGGAUUGAUAAUGUCUUCAAGAUGGCGCAUGAGCGUUUCUCCAAUAUAGCCAUAGGCGUUGCCAUAUGCCUUCUGAUGAGUCUAUUGGUAUUUCCAAAUUGGUCAGGGGAAGCUCUUCACAAUUCCACAGCUUCCAAGCUUGAAGGCCUUGCCAAAUCUUUAGAAGCUUGUGUCAACGAAUAUUUUUAUGGAGAAAUGGAAACUUCUGGUGACAAAAAAUCAUCUGAGGAUAUAUAUGAAGGUUAUAAGGCUGUUUUGGAUUCGAAAUCUACGGAUGAAACACAGGCAUUACAUGCAAGUUGGGAGCCAAGGCAUUUAUGUCGCAAAUUUCCAUGGCAGCAGUAUGUAAAAGUUGGAACUGUUAUUCGUCAAUUUGGAUAUACUGUUGUAUCCCUACAUGGCUGUUUGAAAACAGAAAUUCAGACACCACAAUUUGUUCGAGUCCUAUUCAAGAACCAUUGCACAAGACUUGCCAAAGAGGUAUCAAAAGUGCUGAUAGAACUUGCCAAUAGCAUAAGGAACCGUCGUCAUUGCUCCCAAGAAAUCCUCUCUGACAAUCUCAAAGAAGCCCUGUUGGAUCUCAACACUGCCAUAAAAUCUCAGCCUAGACUCUUCUUAGGCUCCAAUGACUACCAAGACAACAACAUGCCGGUCAUACCUGGAUCACAAGAAGCAGGGAAGAAGACAAACGAUGCAAAUGGUGUUAAAACGGACUCUUUGGCAUUGCAAGAGUGCAAAACCAAAAGGGCAUGCACAGAACAAGAACCACCAAAGGAAUUAGCAGAACGAAAGGUGUUAAUAAGACCCCAGUUGACUAAAAUCGUGAUCACUAGUCUUGAGUUCUCUGAAGCCUUGCCUUUUGCUGCAUUUGCAUCUUUGCUUGUGGAGACUGUGGUAAAACUGGACUCUGUUAUUGAGGAAGUUGAAGAACUUGGAAGGUUAGCAUGCUUCAAAGAAUACAUAACCGAUGACAAGAUUAUUGUGAGUUGUGAGACACCACAAGUUGAUGUGUUAAAGGACCAUGAUAAACCUUCUCGGGAUGGCUAUGACUAUGAGUAAUGACAUGAGAGACUCAAGAUGUGUGAAUGCGUUCGUGCCAAAGUGCACGUGUGUACAUGUAUGUUUAAUUAUAGAAACCUAUGCUUAUCUUUUUUUAUUAUUAUUACUACACACAAGUUCCACUUCCUGGUGUGAUUGAAUAAAACGUGACUGAGUUGUGAUUGAGCC